GUUAUUUAGGCUGAAUAGUAGAUGAGUGUUCGAUGCCACAGUGUAUGAUAGAGUAUUGGGACUGGGCAUCGGCCCGAUUACCACAACUCCUCCCUCGAGUUGUUACGCGGAUGAAGCCACGAGAUAGCAGCAAUGCAGGUGUCCUUGCUCCCCUUGAAUGUGGUAUUUGCUGUAACGACUAUGACGAUUGCCGCUAUCGCCCUAUGGUACUCACACGAUGUGGCCAUAGUGUUUGCGCCAAGUGCAUGGAGUCUGUGACUUCGAACUCGUGGCUGUUCGGCAAGUACGUUACUUGUCCGUACUGUCGGCAUGCUACACAUGUUGCGAAGGCUGUCACCAACUACGCAGUGCUUGAGACGAUAGUGUCGAUCCCUGACCAUCCACCGACCGAUCACGUACGAGAUCUAGCCAUACUUACAAUGGGGGUUACAGGAGGAGUUGUACUCACCUUGAUAUUCGGCGAGAGAGCGGCCGCGAUGAUUGCAGUUCUGUUGGGGUGUGCGGCUUGGCACAUCGAAGACGUAGCGGACAUAUCGAACGCUGGCCACAUUCUCACGCGAUGGGUGGACAAUCAAACAUGCUUCUGUUGACAUCACACUUCGAUUCAAAGUACCAUUGCUCAUUGACGAUUGUCACUGUACUGUGAGUUGUUUCGUUGUAG